AUGCCUACUGCUGAUGAUAUAUUUCGACAAUUUGAAAUUGAACUUCACGCUGGUCAAGAACCAAUUUUUCAUGGUGAUGAAUUAAUCACCGGUAAUUUACGUAUUGAACUCAAAAAGCCAAUGACUAUACAAGCGAUCAGAUUACAAUUUAAGGGUCGUGCGGCGUGCACAAAAAAUAAUUCAUCUAAGGGAGCUGAAAUUGAAAAAGUAUAUUUUGAUAAAGAUUUUACGCUGCUGGAACGACCGCCUGGUAGACCAGAACCGGGACAUUUCCCGUGGAUUGCUAAUUUCUUGUAUAAUUUACCAUUUGAAUGCCCAUUACCAUUAGGCUGUCCAACAUCAUAUGAAAAUCCACACGGUUUUAUUCGAUAUUUUAUUCGUGCAACUGUUGUUGAAGAAGCUGGAACUGACAUCCGUGAGUAUGUAGCAAAAAAGCCAAUUUCCGUGAUCGCCCCGAUAGAAUCAUAUGUGGAACCUACAAGUCAACCGAUUACUGUGAGUGAAACGGUUACAUUUGGGGGUUGCUGUUGUCGUGGAAAGCUUACUGCUGAGGUUACAUUACCGAAAUCGGGCUAUACACCAGGAGAAAUGGUGAUUGGUUCGAUCAAAAUCGAUAAUCGACAUUCGAGGCAGAUCAUUGAUCAAGUGGAACUACGUUUGGUAGAUCGAGUACAAUGUGUUGAUGCUAAGAAUAGUAUAACAUUACCGAAUCGGACAUUGAUCUUACGACGACUUGAAAAGCAUGAUGUUGUGAAGUCAAAAAGUUUAUUACAAAAAGACGAAGUAUAUUUUUUGCAAAUUCCUGCACUUGCACCAACUAUAGGGUCAAAAUCACUAAAAUCAAGUAUUACUCAUAAUAUUUCUACUACAAAUAAUGAUGCAAUAAUAACACCAGACCAACCACUGAUUCCCACUCAGCUAUUGGCUAAAUUUCAAGAAUCCCCAAGCACUGCUACACUGAAAUUUCGCAAGAAACCAUUUUUACGUGUAGAAUACGCUAUCCAGUUUUCUCUUGGUGAUUAUUUGUUGCUCGAGUUACCAAUAACAAUUUUACCUCCACCAUGUCGUGGUAGAGGGAUAAACUACCAACCAUUCAUUGGUGGACCACAACCGAUACCGGAAAGUGACGAAUCUGGAAAAUUCAUUUAUGGAGAUGGUUUCAUUUUCACUCCACAAUAUGCUGUAUUAGCUCCUCCAGACACUUCUGAAACAACACUUACAACAGAUGCCUCUCAGUUGAAUGGUAAUACAGAAAACGGUACUACAAGGUCAUGA